AUGUUGACCUCAAGGCAUCUUUUGCUCUUUCUCUGCAGUGCACUUUUGAUCUCAUCAGGUAAGAUUUGCUCAUCAGUAAGAGGAAUAUUUACACUGUGACUUGACGAAGUUACAUGUGAUUUGACCUUGAUUUGAGUUCGUUUUGAUGAAAAGAGUUUUUUGAUACCUAGUGCAGUAUAAUUUCCUAACUGUUGGUAUUUUCAGUCCGCCCAGAAGAUGAAGCUGAAGGAGAAGGCAAAGUUCAAGAGCCAGAAGAUGAGUUGAGGACUGUUGGCCCAUCCAAGGACGCUCAGGUUUCUUUCUAUUUUGUUGAACCCACUGACACCCAGAGUAAGUGAUGUUAUCCUUGGUUUUUUGGUUUUAGACUUGCUUGAGGGAUAAAAUGAGGUUCUAACGGUUGAUUAAUUUGCAGACUUCUUGGCUGGUAAAGUUUCCACCUUCUUGGUUGGAUUUGCCAACAAGGGCGAGAAGGAUUUCACCGUCCACGCCAUCGAGCCCUCUUUCCGUUAUCCCUUUGACUUCAACAUGAUCAUGCUCAAUGUAAGUCCAUUGAAUCGUCUUGAAAGCUGUUCUGUUAGCUGUAUCAAGUCUCUAGCUCUCUUUUGAUACCAAAUUGGCCUUGAAUUUUUUUGAUUUUCACCUUGAAAUUUCAAUUUUCCUUAUCUUCUGCUUUCCAGCUGACUGCAGGCCGUGUUGAGAGAACUGUUGCUCCCAAGCAAGAGGCCACCUUUGACUACCGAUUCAUUCCCAACGAAGCUUUCAUCGGCCGUCCUUUGGGCUUGACUGUCAACCUUCAUUACACUGACUCUGCUGGCGGAUAUUACGUGAACACCGUCUACAACGAGACCAUCCUUGUUCAGGAAGACGAAAGCAACUUCAACACCGAAACCGGAUUCUUGUUCAUUGUUCUCCUCGGCAUUUUCGGUGGAAUCAUCUUCCUGAUCAGCCAAUUGUUCAGCAAGGUGAGGGUCUGUUUAAUUUUUGACGAAAAUUUUAUAUUGUACUUGAUAUCAGAUGGAAAAAAUGGCUGAAAAUCGUUGAACUAAAAGUCGAUCUUGAUUUUAAAAGCUUCCAAAUGAUAGAAUAGGAAUUUAUUUUUCGAGAAAUAUUAUUAAUUAUCAAAAGAUCAAUUAUCUUUACUAAUUUUUAUAUUGUUUUAGUUCACCCGCAAGUCCACCGUUGUCUCGCGCCAAGCCAAGUACGAGACCGGCACCAGCAGCGAUGAGGUCGACUACGAAUGGAUCCCACGCUCUCAUCUGACCGACAAGUCUCCUAAAAUCGGCUCCCCAAGGAACCGUCGCGUCCAGAAGGCCAAGUAA